AUGCAGAACGGCAACAGCGGUGGUGGGUUCAUCGUCGCUCUUAUGGCGCCUUCGCGAGUCCCCACUAUAGCGCUCUUCUCCUCCUCCUCCGUCCUUCUCACGCAGGAGCAGUGGUCGUUCUUCGCUGGCGCUCUCACUUUCGCUCCCAAUAACACUCGUUGCUCAACCUCUCUCACAACCCUUCUGUCGGUGCUCCCUCCGCCGGUGCUCCCUGUGUCGGCACUCCUUCCUGAAGUCUUUUUGGAUUUUGCUCCAAGUUUUGUCUCAAAGCUGAAUGAGAAAGAUAGUUGCACCAGGAAUCAUUGCCAGCUUAUUGCUAUCCGAGCAUACAUGUUGCGAUUGAUGCGUAGUAGUACACAUUCUGCUGGUGCGUUUGGUUGUUCAAUUACAGUUAAUGAAAUUGAGGCGCUGCGUGAGUUGUUCAAGAAGCUGAGUAGCUCAAUUAUUGAUGAUGGACUUAUUCACAAAGAAGAGCUGCAAUUGGCACUAUUGAAGACCCUAGUUGGCGAGAAUCUUUUCUUUGAUAGGGUGUUUGAUCUCUUUGAUGAAAAAAGAAAUGGUGUUAUAGAAUUUGAGAAAUUUAUGCAUGUUCUUAGUAUCUUUCAUCCAUAUGCUUCUUUAGAAAAAAAAAUUGCAGCUGCUUUUAGAUUGUAUGACCUGAGACAAACUGGAUAUAUCGAGCAGGAAGAAGUGAAUAUCUUGGCAUGUCCAAGUUAUGAAAUUGUUAUUGGCCUAAAUUUGUUUGUGUUAGCAUAGGAUAAUUGUACGUUGAUUUGUUGCAUUGAUUUUUGACUGCUACAUGUGAUAAAUGGUGUUUUAGAUUGAAAUACUUGGGAGUUGGGAGGACUGCAAACUUUGAUGAGCUGAUGGCUGCUACGGCUACCAAAGGUGGCAAAAAUGGAGACGUCGAAGAAAACAAUACAUGAGAGUUAUGGAAAUUACUCGUGAAUCGAGUGACAACAUUUUGUACUAUUUAAAGAAUUUUAUUUUUGUUGUUAGUUGGUAGAGGACAAGCAUAGAAUUCAUUAUAUAUAAUGUGACUUGCAAUU